AUGUCGUUAUCAGCGCUUCGAGCAGUAGCAGAAGGAGCUGGAGCAGCGGCGGCGCGGGGUGAUACGACUGGCGGCGCGCCAGGGCGCGACUUGAGGCUCCCGCAAUCCGCGGCGUUACCAGCGAUGGCAGCAGCAUUGCCGUCGCAAGAUGCGGUUCUGAACAUCCUACCCGUUUGCGGCGGCGCAACGGCAACCAAAGGCCUUGGUGAGAGCGGGGCACGGGGAAAGGUUCCGCCUCUGUCGCGCUCCCCGCGCCGCACGACCACGACCUCCGUCCUCUGCAAAGGCGGCGGGUCGGAGCUUCCGCCUGGGCUUCCGCCGGAGUCGCUUCCGCCGGAGCCGCUUCCGCCGGAGCUCUCAACACUCGUCGGGGGAUUGUUUCUGACGCGGGGAUGCGGACCCGAGCUCCCGCCGCCGCGCUCCUGCCAGCCGUUUCUGCUAGCGGCCGCGGCGGCGGCAAUAGCGCCGUUACUGAUGGAGUGGCUGCGGGGAAGGCGCGACACCGAGGUGACCUCCGCGUGCUCCUGCGCGCCGCAGCGCCAAGCGGUGUGGUUCAGCGCAGGAGGCGCGGAGACAGGACCGGGGGAAUACAUGACCGCGGCGGUGGCGGAGGCGGAGGCGGAGGCGGAAGCGGAGGCGGAGCUCGGGGAACGGGAGAAGGGGGAGGUGGAAGAACAGCAGAAGAUAUCGGGGCUGGCGGAAGAGGAAGCGGCGGAAAGCGGCGGGGAGAACGGGUUGCUCGGGGAAGGGCCGCAACUGAGCGAAUCGCUUCUGGAGUUAGUACUACUGUGGUAA